AUGGAGGCCAAGAGUUACCACAAUCUGCGCUCUACAAGCUGGGACUCAGGAAAGUUAUUGACUGGACAGAGUUUGGGGGAAGUGGUCAACAUCUCUACCCUGUCCAAGUCCCCUCAGGAGAGCUGUUCUGGAGGUGUGAAGUCAGAGGCUGUCAGUGCUGUGGACAAUGGAAUGCAGGGACAGCUACAAGGCUCUGCUAGUUCCUCUUCCUUUUCCCUUUGGGUUGGAGAGGGCCCUGGUGGUCCAGGGAUGACAUCAGUGUCAGAUGCUUCCAGGAGCAGGAAGAAAAAUUGUUUACAGUUUAAAAGUGAAAAACUGGCUGCAACGGCAGGAGGCCCCUAUAGCAUCAAGGAGGAGAUGGAAACAUCCAUGGCUGAAGCACUGUUUCCUGGAAGCUGGGUGCAAAGCCAACAGCAUCUGGUGACAGCAGAAAUGAUGGAGCAUGGAUCCCAGUCCCUGGGUGCCUCUCAGCGGUGACAAAAAUUGGAUUCAAAGGCUGAUUGCUCUGCUUCAGGCCAAUCAGUUUGGAAUAAGACUGACAUCCGGGCCAAGAAAAUGGGGCCCCAGCUGUCAAUACCCAGAGUGUUGAAAGAACCGGGCCAAGGUGAUGCCAAUCCCCAGGAGCAUCCUGGUGGUUUCCAAAGCAGAAGGUUCCAUUAUGAGCGCAACGCAGAGGCAGAUAUGGUGGCAGAGAUUGGCCUGGAAAACCUAAAUGAACUAGAGAUGGAAGUUAUGAGAAGGCAGCUGCAUGUGAUCACCUGCCAUCUGCGAGCCCUGGAGGAACAGGGUGCCACCUGGCACCACAGGGAAGCUCUGUUCUUCACGAUGGUGGUGUUGGCCUGUGUCACCAACCUGUGGCUGUGGAUACGCCAGUGA